UUGACUAGUUGGAAUGGUCAAUCUUCGAUCGAACCAGUCCAACGGAGAAAAGCAGAAAACUCGUUCACUUCAAAAGGUAAACUGUUCUUUUUGAAACCUCUCUGGUUGGACCGAACCAAUCUACAUUCAGUUUUUGACCGAAUUUUCCGGAAAUUUGGUUGGUCCAAUCCCAAAUGUCCCUUUCCCUGCACCUCGUUUCCGAAACGAGGUUUUUUUCCCGCCAAAUUUUGUCACCUCUGUCAGAACAACGUGCAUUGUGUUUUGAUAGGGUAGCAUUCGACAAACAUGGACGAUCCCAUGGGGCUGUUCAGCAAAGAGUUUGGCACGAUGAUAACGAUUUUUAACCCAAUAUACCCGCUGCAAUUCGAAAGAUUUGGUGACGGAAACCCAGACGAGGAUCCCGAGUUCAAAUCACAUUUAUCUAAUCUCAAUCAGGGCCACGGAGUAGCUGCAGAACUCGGUGUGGACGAACGCUUCUCCUCGAGCGUAGCGAUUUACAAAGCCGAGAGGAAAGCAAGGAUGGCUUAUGUAUCGGAGAAUCCUAUAACUGAAGCCAAAGCAGCACUAAAAAUAUCCCCAAAUUGUCCUGAAGCGUACAACGUGUUAGCUCAGUUCGAGGCGAAGACGUAUGAUGAAGCUCUUGGAUUCUAUAGCAAGGCUGUGGAAGUGGCACCAAAUCUAAGUGAUGAGUUUGAUAAGGAGUUGUCUGAGAGAAAAUGUUGGGGGCUGAAUCAUCUGCGCAGUUACUUUCGUGCUGUGCAUGGCCAAGCCAACACCUUGCGCAAGAUGGGGAGAUACAAGGAAUCACUCAAAAAGUAUCUUCUACUAGAGAAGUUGGAUCCAAAAUUCUACAGCUGGUCAUCAUUUGCCAACUGGAGGUACCAUGUCCUGGAGGUUUAUAUGAAAAUGGGUGAUGACAAGGGGGCUCUCAAGUUUGCUUUAAAAAAAUCCAAUUCAGAAGCUUUCUGCCUAUCUUCAUCAUGUGGGGCAUGGUUUUGGACUAAAGCGCUGCUUGACUACCGUUACAAGGAACAAAGGGGCUUUGCAGAGGACUACUUUGAUUUGGUGCCAAACUCAGGUGACCCAGAAUCUAGAAAUCUGUUUCACAGGUUUGAAGGUACAAUUCUAAGAGCUUUUCAAGCAUCCCCAGAAACCCUGAAUUUUCUGACUGGAGAACGCAAGCUGCCAAAUUGCAGAAUACCUUUUCACAUGGGAAACUGGGCAUCACUGUCUAAUAUAGGUAGUUACUGCCUGUCCAAUGCUGAACUUUGGCGCAACACUCCUGGAGCUCUCGAGUGGGCUGCUUGCAAUGUUCGCACAUUCAUGUGCUCGUUGAUCUUGAAUCAAGACAUCGAGUGCUGCAAAGCAUUGAAGAUCAAAUGUCAUGCUAAAAAGUUUGAAGAGCUACUCAGUGAAGGGGUAUUUUUUGAUGCCAGAGUUACCAGUUGCGGGAAGACCUUGGUUCAUGUCGCUACAUGUAGUGAAAUGCCGCAGAUGUUGAGAAUGCUGCUUAAUGCUGGUGCCAAAGUGAAGAUAAGUAGAAGUGGACGUGGAAUCCCACAGCCACUACACAUGGCCUGUUAUUACAAUUUCAACCCAAAGAUCAUCAAGAUUCUUUGCAAUGCAGGUGCUGACCCGACAGAUAAGUGUGGUAUUCACUACUCUCCUUUACAAAUGGCAGCUGAACAAGGGGCAAUGAGAGCCUUGAAAACUGCAUUUGAGUGUCUUCCAGCUGGCCGUAAGAAAAAUCAGGCAGUCCUUGACAGCAUUCUGCUUGGUGUGUUCCAGAGCUCGUGUUACGAGUGUGUUACAGGUCUCGGAAACCUUUGUCAGCGGUGCCUUGGCGGUGACACAGCACACCCAGCAGAUGCAACCUGGACUGGUGUGCUUGACUUUCUCACAGAACUAAACUACAAACCAUCCAAGGAAUAUUUGGAGAGUAUGAAAGAAUUUCCUGGAAAAAGGAAGCUGUUUGCUUAUUACAGCAGCAAACUGCGAGGUGAGGAACCUAAGGUGAUUGCAGAAGGCCCAGGCUUGGGUCGACAGCCACUGUCACUUAUGCAGCCAUCUAGUCUGUCCAAUUUUCUGUCAGCACUUGGCCAGUUCGGAGACCUCCCUUACAGUGGAAGGACGUUACAGAAGCAACUUCAGAGUUCCAAAACAAUCCUUCCCAAGUCAGCUACAUGCGAGAAUUGUAAAGAAAGGGAAAAGAAAAUGAUGGUUUGNUGGCUUCUAAUAAAUUACAUGUGUAUUUUAUGA